AUGAGUUCAGCAGACAUUGGCAUGCCGCUGGAUACCGCUACCAUCAUGUCAACAGUUCUGGAAGGCAUUUUAUACGGCUUUUCAGUCCUUAUGUUUAUAGGUACCAUUUGGAUAUUCACCUACAAAAAACGCAUGGAGAACGUCAAUCAGCCAGUCGCUGUGGUUGCCGUAUUGCUAUUUUUACUGAGCACUACGCACAUGGUCAUUGAAAUUAUUCGUGUCGAAGAUGGAUUGGUGAAGUCUCGCGACACUUUCCCAGGUGGCCCAGCGGCAUUCUUCGCAGAUGUUAAACAAAAAAUGUAUGUGACCAAGAGUGCGGUGAAUCUCAUGCAAACUUUGCUAGGCGACGGGAUAGUGAUUUAUCGAUGUAACGUCGUUUGGAAAUCUGUCCGGGUUAUUAUCCUACCAUGCAUGAUGUGGUGUGCUGUUGCAGUGUGUGGGUCUUGUAAGGUCUAUUACCUUUCACAAACGCCGACAAGCAAUGCCAAAAGUCUCUUCACUGACGAGACUGGACGUUGGACUGCGGCGUUCAUUACUUUAACUUUUGCAACCAACUUGUUCAGUUCAGGAUUACUUGCAUACCGUAUCUGGACGAUCGAACGCAGGGUCUCUACAGUUCGCACUAGGAAGGGUAUUAUGCCUAUUUUGCGCGUGCUUGUGGAUGCUGCUAUUUUAUACUCCGUAUCCAAUUGCUCCGCGAUAAUAUGUUUUGCCCGUUCGAACAAUGGCCUAUAUGUCAUAGGAGACAUGAUCAAUCCGACCAUCUCGAUUGCCUUCUACAUGGUGUUUAUUCGCAUCGCAAUUAAUAAAGAUACUCAGGAAUUUAUCUCGACUGUCUGUGUAGGGACAGGUGAGACAGACCGAGGGAUCCCACUGCAUUAUCCUAUACAACCUUUGCGGACUAGUAGUACUGCAUACAAGCAGGAUGAUACAUCCUCCUGA